GUUAUCUUUCAAAAUGUCUCCGCUGCCAAAUUUGGAUACUUCCAGAAUUUCAACUGUUGUUCCUGCAACUCCUCGAGGCGAAAACCAUGGCGAGCACAACUUAAACUACAUGGACUUGUUAAUGAAACUCCACUAUAUUCGAACCAUUCAUUUAUUCGAUUCUGAAGCAGUUCAAAGUCUCCCAUUUUCCGAUUUAAAAGCGCCUAUGUUUCCUUUGCUCGAUUCAUGCCGGCAUGUUUCGGGUCGGAUAAGAAUAUCGGAAUCAGGAAGACCGUUUAUCAAGUGCAACGACGCCGGUGUUCGCAUCGCGGAGUGGCAGUGUGACAAAACGUUGCGUGAAUGGAUGGAUGAAAAGGAGUACUCAGUUGAUGGACUCGUAUACGAUCAUGUGCUUGGUCCUGAUCUUGCUUUUUCCCCCUUGGUUUUUGUAAAGUUCACAUACUUCAAGUGUGGAGGACUUUCGGUGGGACUGAGUUGGGCUCAUAUACUUGGAGAUGCAUUUUCAGCUUUUAGCUUCAUCACCAAAUGGAGUGACACUCUAGCUGCUCAACCUCCGCCAAAAUCUCUUCACAUGCCAAAUCUCACCAAACAUAAAUCCUUAUCAAAUUCUAUUACUGAUUAUCCCAUUUCUGUUAAAAAGGCAACACUGGUUGACAAGUAUUGGCUUGCUGCUAAUGACAGUUAUGUAGCUACUCACACUUUUCACAUCACUUUCAAACAACUUCAUCAUUUGGCCACAACAUUCAAAUCUACCGAUACACAUACAAAAUAUUUUGAAAUUAUUUCAGCUAUGAUAUGGAAAUGUAUAGCACAAAUAAGGGGAGAUUAUGGACCUAGGGUUGUGACAAUAUCCACUACAAAUGUCUCUAACGGUGUUGAAAAUGAAUUUUCAAGGAAUGACUUUGUGUUGAGUAGAGUUGAAACCAAUUUAUCACCCGGUGAAUCUAAUUUAUCAGAGUUAGUGAAUCUGAUAGCUGAGAAAAAAAUGAAUGAGAAUCAUGUAUUGAAAAAAUUGAUGGAAGAAAGUGAUGUAAAAGGAGAUUUUGUUGUCUAUGGUGCAAAAUUAACAUUUGUAGAUUUGGAAGAAGGUGAUUUUUAUGGGGUGAAGAUUAAUGGAAAGAAACCUGUAAUGGUAAACUGUGAUAUUCGUGGUGUAGGUGAUGAAGGGGUUGUCUUGGUUCUUCCAGGACCAGAAGAUAAUGAUGGUAAUAAUGGAAGAAUGGUAACAAUUUCAUUGCCAGGAAAAGAACUCGACCAGCUGAAAGGUAAACUAGAAAAAGAAUGGGGUAUACAAUAUUAUUCACGUCUUGGAUGUUGAUUGUGAUGUUUGAAUUGUUUUUCAUUCUUGUUGUUUCGUGUCUUGCAUUAAUAUUUGUUAC